AUGGCAUUGGAUCACAAUCUUGACCUUCAGCUGAUCUUCAUGGACCAAGUUCUGGACUCAUGUGGAAGCCGCGAGAUUAAGACAGGAGCUAGCAGGUGUAUUCUCAUGCCAGUGUGGACAAGUGACUGGAUUGCUGCAAUAAGCAUACAGCCACCCAAAGCCUACAAACACGCAACCCAUAUUUUAGCAGACAUUGCUACUGGAACAGUACCACAAGAAUCUACUGGGAAAGAACAGGGUACCAACUCAACCAUGAUAAAGGCGCUCAUGGACAGCAUGAAGACCUAUGUCAACAAGACCCAAAACCAGGCAACCAGCACUGAAAUGGCCUCUGAUAGACCUAUAACCAACCCUCUGCUUUUUGGGAUUUCUGCUUUCAGUUUGAAACUCUUCUUCUCCACCUUCAAUAGGAGCCGCGAAGCUCCAUUGCACAUCCUGAUACUCAGUUUCAUUGGAUGCAUCAGAAUCCUGUGA